AUGGCCGACAAACACGAAGAAACUAUAACUGUCAGCAUCGGUGGAGGCGAAUCAAAUGGAGCACAAAAGAACGAACUGCCAUCGUCUCCCCUCUCCUCAGCGCCCGACCACGAGGAUCAUGAUACCCCAACCAUAGCAGACCAGCCGCUGGAUUCGUCUUCGUCUUCGCCUUCGACUUCGCCCAAUAGUCGAGAAGAUACCCCGCCGACGACCUCUAAGAAGAUGGCCAAAGGCAAGCGGAGGGUCCUCGUGAAAAAAGUACCUAAAAAGUCGAAAUGGAACGUGGAUAACAUUCUGACGGAUCCUAAAUCACCCCUAGCUUCAGCUGAUCUCAGAAGCAUACUGUCAAAUCCGAUGGCCUGGGAUAUUCUUGACAAAGAAGAGAAGGCAGAAAUCCUGGCACUGUUCCCUGAUUCCCAGCAUAUUCUAAAUCCUGGCAUGGAGGAUGCCUGUCCAGAUUUUGCAUCACUCAUGAACGACGACAGUUUCCGCUACGAUUGUGCUGCUUACACAGAAAACAUCGCCCAAGGGCGGCAUGAUCCCGAAUGGCUAGCACAUGCUUGGGCAGCUCAUGAGAGACGCAAGAUGGGCGAUUUCGACGAAUUUCUGGACAACAAGUUCAGAGAUGAAUGGGAUGUCGAGCUACCACCAGACCUCAAGACAAAGAGAGGAUCUGCCGUGUCAAAGGAGGCAGGCAAUGUCACAAUGGAGGGCACUGAGACAGUGAAGAAUGAAAGCGACAAGAAGGAGGACAUCAAUAUGAAGAACAGCACUUCGGAGAAGAAAGACGACCCCGACAUUGAUUCUGAGGUUGACGAACUUCAAAGAUGUGACCCGGCGCAUGAGGGACCUAUAUCCGUGGCCAUUGCACAGCGAAAAAGCUCCAUGAUGGAGAUUGAUGGUGACGAUACAAGGGAUGAGCUUGCUUGA